AUGGCGAUGUUGAUUUGCUUUCUAAAAUGUAAAUCAUGCAAGAUUCCGAAGCCGAAAAGAAAAAAGAAAAUGCUGAUGCUCAAAAUGCGUCUAAUGGUCCGAACAAUCGCAUCAAUCAAAAUGUGGAAAAUGGUGAACCACGGCUACAAAUUGGAGAACAUUACUUAGUGAAACGAAGUGAUGACACUUGGCAUACAGCUGAAAUUAUUCAAAUUCGAGCCAGUGAACAAGAGAGUGGAAAGAAUGAAUUUUAUGUUCAUUAUGAUGGCUGUAAUCGUAGGCUAGAUGAAUGGGUUUAUAGUGAUCGUUUUGAUUUUACGUCUUCAAAUAAAGAUAACGGUAAGAAUAUCCACAAUGCUGCACAUCGUGUUGAUCAACCAGACAGAAAAAUUACAAGAAAUCAAAAAAGGAAACAUGAUGAAAUUAAUCAUGUACAAAAGACCUAUGCUGAAAUGGAUCCUACUACUGCUGCAUUGGAGAAAGAGCAUGAGGCAAUUACUAAAGUGAAAUAUAUUGAUAGAAUACAGUUUGGAAAAUAUGAAAUUGAUGCUUGGUACUUCUCCCCUUUUCCUGAGGAAUAUGGAAAGCAGUCCAAAUUAUGGAUUUGUGAAUAUUGUCUAAAAUAUAUGCGUCUAGAAAAAACUUACAGAUAUCAUCAAGGAGAGUGCACAUUUCGUCAGCCUCCCGGCAAGGAAAUUUAUCGAAAAGGCACUUUAUCUGUUUAUGAAGUGGAUGGCAAAGAUCAUAAGUUGUACUGUCAGUUGCUAUGUCUAUUGGCUAAGUUGUUCUUGGAUCAUAAAACUUUGUAUUUUGAUGUGGAGCCCUUCCUUUUUUACGUUUUAACUGAAACGGACAAACAUGGAGCACACAUAGUUGGUUACUUCUCUAAAGAAAAAGAAUCUCCUGAUGGAAAUAAUGUUGCUUGCAUUCUUACCUUGCCUCCAUAUCAGAGAAAAGGAUAUGGAAAAUUUCUCAUUGCAUUUAGUUAUGAGUUGUCAAAGAAAGAGUACGUGGUUGGAUCGCCAGAAAAGCCACUCUCUGAUCUCGGAAAGUUAAGUUACCGAAGUUAUUGGUCAUGGGUUAUUUUAGAAAUACUGAAAGAUUUCAGAGGAGCAUUAUCUGUUAAAAAAUUAAGCCAAAUGACAAGCAUUACUCAGUGUGAUAUCAUAAGUACUCUUCAGAGUUUGAAUAUGGUGAAAUACUGGAGAGGUCAGCACAUCAUUUGUGUUACACCAAAAAUAGUUGAAGAACAGCUUCGCAGUUUCAACUGCAGGCGCCCCAAAAUAACUGUGGAUGUCGGAUUGCUGAAAUGGAGUCCUCCAAAAAAGCAAACAAAGUCAAUGAAGAAGUAAAGCUUUCAUCUCACCUGUGCAGUGGAAAUAUGACUAUAAUUUUCUUCAGCCAUCACCAGUCAGUAAAUCUCAUUUAUUUCAUUACAAAAUGUUUCAUUUUAUGUUGAAAUUCAAUCGUAUGUUGAAAAUCAAUUGUACAAAUAUCAUUAAUAAAGAAUAAGACAAGUUA